GUCGAAAUUUAAUCGAGGUCAAGAUCUAAUGGCUCAACAUUCUAUCUCCUCCUCCUCAUUCUUCUUACCCUCCCAAAAGCCCAUGCCGUCCUCCAUCACCUUCUCUUCUUAUCACCACCAGAUACACCGCCGUAGAACGGUCGUUCCCUUGUCGGUCUCUCAUCGCCGCCGGCCCCGCCGCAAACAUCGUUGGAAAAGACGGGAUUUGUCCUUUACUCUGCCGCUUUCAUCCAGAGGAAACGAACCGUUUUUAGACUCUAGAAAUAGUUCUGGAAGUAGAGACUCGUUGGCGACGGAGAUGGAGCAAGAGACCAGUACCUCGACUAGUUUGAUCGCUGGUUCGAGGAAGAAGAACGAGUAUACCGCCAACGCCGGAAGAUUUAGUGUUUUCGGCGUCGAUUUGUCGCCAGAUAAUGUGGCGGUUGCUAUGGUUUAUUUCGUUCAAGGCGUUUUAGGCCUUUCGAGGCUUGCUGUUAGCUUUUACGUGAAAGAUGAUUUGCAUCUUGAUCCUGCAGAAACAGCUGUGUUAACCGGUUUUUCUUCGCUUCCAUGGCUUGUUAAGCCACUUUAUGGGUUUAUUAGUGAUUCAUUCCCACUAUUUGGUUAUCGAAGAAGGUCAUACUUGGUUCUAUCUGGACUUUUUGGUGCUCUUUCAUGGAGUUUGAUGGCCACCUUAGUCGACAGCAAGUAUGGUGCUGCAGCCUGCAUUUUUCUUGGAUCCCUUUCUGUUGCUUUCUCAGACGUUGUUGUAGAUUCCAUGGUCGUGGAGAGGGCUCGCGGGGAGUCGCAAAGCAGGUCAGGAUCUCUUCAAUCUCUAUGCUGGGGAUCCUCAGCGUUUGGUGGUAUUGUGAGCUCCUAUUUUAGCGGUUCGCUAGUGGAUGCUUAUGGUGUAAGGUUUGUUUUUGGUAUCACUGCAUUACUACCGCUGAUAACAUCUGCCGUUGCUGUUCUUGUAAAAGAACAAAGUAUGCUUGGCCCAACAAGAAAUCAGAAUGGCCUUUCAACCAAUCCCACCUUUCUUGAAAGCUCCAGGGAGAGUAUCAUUCAGUUGUUGAAUGCUGUCAGACAACCCAAAGUGUUUCUUCCCACAGUUUUUAUUUUCUUGUGGCAAGCAACACCGCAGUCAGACUCUGCUAUGUUUUACUUCACCACGAAUAAACUUGGUUUCACCCCAGAAUUUCUAGGACGUGUCAAUCUUGUUACUUCGGUUGCUUCAUUGGUUGGAGUUGGAUUGUACAAUGGGUUUUUAAAAAACGUUCCAUUGCGGAAGAUUUUUCUUGCCACAACAAUUAUUGGUACAGCUCUUGGAAUGACUCAGGUCUUUCUGGUAACUGGAUUGAACCGGCAGUUUGGAAUAAGUGACGAGUGGUUUGCAAUUGGGGAUUCCUUGAUUCUAACUGUUCUUGGUCAGGCUUCUUUCAUGCCGGUUCUUGUACUUGCAGCCAAGCUAUGUCCGGAAGGGAUGGAAGCAACACUGUUUGCAACUCUGAUGUCCAUAUCAAACGGAGGCGGUGUGCUGGGGGGACUUUUAGGUGCAGGAUUGACUCAGGUAUUCGGUGUAACCAAAGAUAAUUUUGAAUACUUAACCACCUUGAUUAUCCUAUGCAAUCUCAGUUCGUUGUUGCCUUUGCCGCUGCUUGGCCUCCUCCCUCAAGAUGACUAUGGAACUGUUUCGAAGGAGAGAGUAGAUAUUGAGAUGAAAUCUAAUUGAAUAUAUCGGAUAAAACAUCGAAAGUGUAUAGUCUUUUGAUUACAUGCCCCAAAUUGCACGUGCUGCUGCAAUUUUGUUUUUUGAUUUUGAAAUCAGUUCAAACAAAAUCCUCGCAAAGGUAUCAAAAUGUCUAACAUC